AUCCUCUGCACAGGAAGUGGGCUGGCCCUGGGGUUUGAGUCUUUGCCGGCCUCAUCAGCCAGCUACUACCUGGGCUGCUGCAGUCGGAGUCGGAGCAGGGCCCUGGGGAGAUGGCUGUGGACCCAGCAGUGGAGCGAUCCCAAGAGCGUGCGUGGCAUCCCCAUGUUUCAGCCAGGGCUCCCUUCCCCAGCUCCCACCCAUGGAUGUGAUGGCAGCUCCUGGUCUGUCCUGGUGUCUGUCCCUCCCUGUCUUCCUCCUGGCCCUGGCCAUCCCUCGUGGAUCCAUAGCAGUGAAUGCAGACACUUCCAAGCUCACAUGCUUCUACAACUCAAAAGCCAACAUCUCCUGUGUCUGGAGCUGGGAUGGGGACCCGCAGGCCACGUCCUGCAAGAUCCACGCUCAUCCGGAUAGACGGCCUUGGAACAAAUCCUGUGAGCUGCUGCCGGUGAGCCUGGCAUUGUGGGUCUGUCACCUGAUCCUUGGAUCCCCAGAUGCUCAGAGCCUGACUGCAGCUGACAUCGUCCGCAUGAGCGUGAUGUGCUACGAAGGGGAAAGGUGGAAGACACGGAUGACCCAGGACUUCAAGCCCUUUGAGAACCUUCGCCUGAUGGCCCCCGACUUGCUCCAAGUCACCCACGUUGGGACCCACAAAUGCAACAUAACCUGGAAAGUCCCUCAGUCCUCCCACUACAUUGAAAGUUACCUGGAGUUUGAGGCCCGGACAAGGUCCCUGGGCCAGAGCUGGGAGGAGGCCUCCGUGCUGAUCCUCAGGCAGAACCAGCAAUGGAUUUGCCUAGAGACACUCACUCCAGGCACCCUGUAUGAACUUCAAGUGCGAGUCAGGGCCCACCUAGGCAGCCACAAAGCUUGGAGUCCCUGGAGUCAGCCCCUGGCCUUCAGGACGGCAGCCUCAGGGAAGCAGACUCUGCCCUUUCUUUGGUUUGGCCACACCAUCAUGGGCGUUAGCAGUGCCUUUGGCUUUAUCAUCUUGGUCUACUCGUUGGCCACCUGCCAGUACAUCAGACCAUGGCUGAAGAAGGUUCUGAAGUGCCACAUCCCAGACCCCUCGGAGUUCUUUUCCCAGCUGAAGUCAGAGCAUGGCGGAGAUUUCCAGAAGUGGCUCUCCUCGCCCUUCCCCUCCUCAUCCUUCAGCCCCAACACCCAGGCAGCCGAGAUCUCCCCGCUGGAGGUGUUGGACCGGGACGCCAAGGCCACACAGCUCCUCCUGCAGCAGCAGCAGAAGGGGCCCUCACCCUCGACCGAGACCAGCGGCCACUCGCUGACCAGCUGCUUUACCAACCAGGGUUACUUCUUCUUCCACCUCCCUGACGCUUUGGAGAUCGAGGCCUGCCAGGUGUACUUCACCUAUGACCCCUGCACAGAAGAGACUGAGGAGGGCGGGCCCGGGGCGCCCGAGGGGCCUCUCCUCCCGCCCCCACCAGCAGAGGACGAUGCCUACUGCACCUUCCCCCCGGGGGAUGACCUGCUCCUCUUCUCUCCCGGUCUCCUGGGCGGCCCCGCCCCCCCCAACCCCGCCCCGGGGGGCGCUGGAGCUGGUGAAGAGAAGCUGCCCCCCUCUCGGCAGGAGGGAGCUCCCAGAGACUGGGCCCCCCAGCCCCUGGUGCCUCCCACCCCAGGAGCGCCUGACCUGGGGGAUAGCCAGCCACCCCCGGAGCAUGCCCUACGGGAAGGAAGAGGGGAGGUCCCAGCCCCUGGCCCUGGGGAGGGGGUCAGCUUCCCCUGGGCUAGUCUCCCUGGGCAAGGCCAGGUCAGGGCCCCUGCCUCCUGCCUGACCCUGAAUACUGAUGCCUACCUGUCCCUCCAAGAGCUGCAGGAUCAGGACCCGGCUUACUCAGUGUAGACGGAUGACCAGGCAGGUCGCUGCCCACUGUUGUGCCGGGCCCAGGUGAGGGCUUUUUGUCCUCAAGCCUUGUCCGCUGCUGAGUCACCCAGUGUCUAGCUACCCCCUGGACAUCUCUGCCCCAAGGCCCCCCACCACCCCCACCCAGCCCUGCACACUC